GUCUUGUAUUUGAAUCCGCUAACCAAGAACUAUUAAAUUUAAAUGCGUUACGGUCAUGCAAAUAUGUCUUACUAUUAUUAAUAAUAUUAAAUCAAGAGGAAACAGAGCAUUUAGUGGAGUAAGCAUCUAGGGAUAAAAGCAUCUGAAUUUCUAGUUCAGAUUUCUGUACCAUUUCUUUCGAAGUAGUAACAGAAAAAGAAACAGAGAAAAAGAAAGAUCUGAAAAUCAAGAGAAAGAAAUGAGACUUAGAAUAGCUUCUUGGAGUUUCAUCCUAUUUACCCUAGUCUUUUUGGUUGUGAAAGAUGGUAGCGCAAGAAAGAUAGGUAUAACAACUGAGAGGGAUAAUCAAGUGAAGCUAGUAACCUAUGAUUUGCAUCAAUCUGCAGCAGAGGAUCUUGCGCUUAAUAAUAUUAUGCAAGUUGAAGGCACCGAUUUGAAAAUGAAAACAGAAGCAGCAGAAGAAGAAGAUGAUGAUGAUCAUGAUGAUCACCAUAAACACAAAGAAAAAGAUGAUGAAGACUCCGAUGAUGAAGAUGAAGAUGAUGAUGACGAGGAUGAUCAUAAGAAGAAAGGAAAGCAUUAUUCUAAAAACGAGCACGAUAAAGAUGAACACAAAAAGUUCAUCAUGGACCCUGAACUAAAUGUGUUCUUCACACCAAAGGAUCUCUACGUUGGGAAAACGAUGCCGAUAUAUUUUGCAAAAAGAAAUUCGUCAACAUCUCCAAAGUUUCUCCCAAGAGAAGAAGCAGAACAGAUUCCAUUCUCAUCAAAAAAGCUUUCCUCUCUUCUCAAAUUCUUCUCCCUGCCAAAACACUCACCACAGGCCCAGGCCAUGAAAUACACACUCAAAAACUGUGAGAUUGAACCCAUGGAGGGAGAGACCAAGUUCUGUGCUACUUCCUUGGAAUCCCUUCUUGAUUUUGCACGCUACCUCUUCGGAUCCAACAAGCAGUUCAAGGUUUUAACCACCACACACCUCACGAACACAACGGUUCUUCUGCAGAACUACACAAUCAGAGAAGUGAAGGAGAUUUCAGUUGCAAACGUUUUAGGGUGCCACCCAAUGCCUUACCCUUAUGCAGUUUUCUAUUGUCAUAGCCAAAAGAGUGAUGUUAAUUUGUAUGAGAUGUUGGUAGAAGGUGACAAUGGCGGCAAGGUUCAUGCUGCAGCUAUUUGCCACAUGGACACAUCGAUGUGGGACUCCGAUCACGUGUCCUUUCGCGUACUCCAUGUCGCUCCGGGAACCUCUCCGGUGUGCCACUUUUUCCCUCCUGAUAAUCUUGUUUGGGUGCCUUCCCCUGCUGCAAAUCCAUGAUAAUCUAUCACUGCUACUUGCGUAAACAGUGUUUCUUGUAUAUGAAACUAUCUACAAAAUGUUAGUUCUUAACCUGGUGUUCUAUGAAAUAAACGACUGUCUUAGUGAAAAUACUAUUAAUGUGUCUGUCAAUAAAGAUGUUAUUUUGGUGUGCUUAGAACCUUGGAGUAAUCUUUGUUCUAUGUGUAAGGACUAGAUGUAAAUUCUUCAAUGUGUUAGUUACUAGGGCUUGACACAGUUUAGUCUUAAUGGACUGUUGGACAUUGCAAACUUCUUUAAUUUUCAGUUUUUGAUGGUCAA